UGGCGCCUGUUGUUACCUUUUUUGAAAAGAUAUAUAGAUAAACAGAAGACGACAAGUAUGAAUUAUAAACGACCCAGCAAACAAUUUGGUUGCAGGAUGUCGCGGUUUUGUCGUCAAUCACCGGCAAAAUUUGUAGACAAAAUCCAUAUCUAUGUUGGUUUGGUUUGGUUUGGUGAGAUCCGGGAGUUGCAAAGACGCACCUUAAGGUCGGACGCCGACAGCAGCGACACAGGCGAGCAACAGGAGAAUGGCGAGCGAGAGGCAAUGCAGGCGCAGGCGCAAUUAGAAGCAAUAAUGGCGUACAUUCGGGAGCAUAGUGUGCAGCCAGAAGGAACCUCUGAAUGUACCACCAUUGAUCAUUAUGAUCCAUGGUGGGAAAACAAAGAGGAUUAAGAUAGGAUAGGAAAAAGGAAAACAACAACAAAAAGAUUAUAAACAAAUAAAGCUGUUGGUGGGAUCAAAAAGAUUUAGGUAAAAAGGUGAUGGACUUUAGGGAUAUUAUUAAUUAAAUUGUAAUAAAUAUUGUUUAUGUACAAAGAAUAAAAAUAUGCGCAUAACGAAUGUUAUUAUGAUUGUACGAGGGUUUUGUUUGGCAAUUAGGAAAUUAUUUCGCUUUAAUAUGGUCACGAGUAUUAUUAUUAUUAUUAUUAUUAUUAGCAUUAUUAGUAUUAUUGUGAUUAUUAUGAUCAUUAUUAUUGUUACCAUCAUUAUCAUUACCAUUAUUAUGAUUAGAAUGACUAUAAUUGUGAUUAUUAUUGUUAUGAUGAUUCUUCUUCUUCUUAUUAUUAUUAUAAUUACUAUAAAAAGAAGUAUUAGGAGUUACGAUUGCUAGGCGCUUCGCGAAGAUUCCACACCAUUACAUAAAUUCGGUGAUUAUUAUUAUUAUUAUCGACACCGCGACAAGACAAGAACCAGCCCGAAAAUUCUAGAAGGCGAACAAGAUGCGAAAGGAACAACAACAAAGAUCUCCGGGGAAGUCCAGAAGGUUCCAAUACGGGCAAACACUCGAAAGAGCAAGAAAAUGGCUGGAGUGGGGGAGCCAAGAAUAAAAAGCCAGGCCCGACGCAAGAAGAGGAAGUCGUGGUUGGACAGUCGAAAGUAGCGAAAAGCGAAGGAAAAGAACCGUGUAACGGGAAUCGGGGUAUCAUCGCGAUAAUUCCCGAGUUGUAAGAUUUGUAAAAUAACGAUUCGUAAAAUUAUUCAAUAAAUAGGAAAGAGCGCUAUUAACCACCGGGCGGCAAAGCGAAAAAUAUUGUUACCGCGUAAAAGUGCGUGGUGAAGGCCAAGGAAGUGGUGUAAAUAGUUGUUCUAUAAUUUAAGGAAUAAAGAAUUUG